AUGACAUUCACAAGAAGAAGCAGAUCAGCAUCGCUGAUUGCGGCACUCCAACAAUCAGCGCCAUCAACCCCUUUAUCAGCUAGACGAAGAGGUCAACCAUCACAACAACAACAACAAGAGGAAGAAGAAGAGGUUCAAACAGAGGAGGAACAAGUUAGAGAUGAUAGCGGCGUCGAUCAAGAUGAUGAGCCACAUACACAAGAAGACAACAAUGAAGAAGAAGAAGAAGAACCAUUAGAGAUAGAGGAUCAGACACAAGAAGAGGAAGAAGAGAAACAACCACAACAACAAGAAGAAGAAGAAUAUUCAGAAUAUCAUGAAGAGGAUGAAGAGGAGGAGGAAGAUGAAGCAAGAAAGAAAAAGUUUAAUCUUAGACCAAGACGACCAGUCAAGAAACUUUAUCAAGAUGAUUAUGAUUCAGAAGAGGAAGAAGAGGAAGAAGAACAACAACAACAACGAAGAGUCACAAAGAGAUAUUCGACUACUACAACGACUCGUAGAUCAAAUUAUGGUAGACAACAACCACAACAACAAUCUCCACCUCCAAUGGUACAAUCAAGAGCAGGUAGAACUAUAAAGAAACCAAGAUUCUAUCAUGAUACAUUAGAGGAGGAGAGUCAUACACCGACUAGAAAUGGUAGAAAAUCAGAUGAUGAUUCACAAUACAAUAGUAACCCAUACCAACGUGUAAUGCGUCAACCAAUUAAACGAGAAUCAAUAUCGUCGAAUAAUAAUAAUAAUAGUAAUCUACCAACCACUAGAACAAGAAGUACAUCAACUAUUGAUUUGAAUACACUUGAUCUUAGUUUAAAUGCAUUUGGAAAGAGAAAGAGAAAACAACUUGUCGAGGAACAAGAAGAACAAGAAGGUUCAAAACAUAGUGAUCAAGAGGAAGAAGAAGAAGAAGAAGAAGAAGGUGAAGAAGAAGAGGAAGAAGAGGAGGAAGAUAUAGAUGCGAUUAGUGUUGGAGAUACAACACCACCAUUGGAUGAAAAUGGUGAUUUGGUUGAAAAGAAGAAAACAACGACAAGAGGUGCAUCAUGGGCACAGAAUCUACCACCAACUAACUCUAGAAGAACACGUAUUCCAACAAGUAGAUAUGAUCCAACCAAAGAAUACCCACCAAAACAUUCGGCAAGAGGAGUGUCGGGUGGCAAGAUGUACAUUCCACCACCACCCCAACGACGAAAUGGAUCGUCGUCGCGAGACACUGACAAUUCCGACAAUGAACCAGAUACCCCCGUCACUCCAAUCAACGGUGUGGCCGGACGAUCGUUUGGACCAAAGGGGGGACAUAUUCCCAUGAAUUUCAACCUAUCCAAUCCGAGCAAUAAUAAUAAUAAUGGUGGUGGCGACAUUACCGCGACGGGAUCCGAACCACUGCAAAUAGAUACGACGGUUGGUUUUGACAGUGUCGGUGGGUUGGACGGACACAUUCGUCUGCUCAAGGAGAUGCUGAUGCUUCCAUUGGUCUACCCAGAGGUAUUCCAAAACUCGCUCGUAUCUACUCUGCUCGCAUUGAUGGACGGGCUCGACUCGCGUGGACAGGUCAUUGUGAUUGGUGCCACCAACCGAGUCGACUCGAUCGACCCCGCGCUCAGACGUCCCGGACGUUUCGACCGCGAGCUCAUGUUUUCCCUACCCGACGCAUCCGCGCGUAAGCGUAUCUUGGAGAUCCACACAAAGAGCUGGAAACCUCCCUUGCUCGAAUCGACCAUUCAAGAGGUGGCAGAGCGUGCAUCGGGAUACUGCGGUGCAGACAUUAAAGCACUCUGUUCCGAGUCAGUCCUCGGUGCACUGCGAUCUGCCUACCCCCAGAUCUACAGCGGUGACGGCAGCUCCAAGUUUCUGCUCAAUGUCAACAGCAUCACCGUGCAACGACACAACUUUAUCGAAUCGAUGCGUACUAUUGUCCCCACGUCGCGUCGUUCCGUGUCGUCAUUCUCGGCUCCACUCUCGUCGACCAUCAAACCACUGCUCGAACCCUAUCUCAAGAACUUGGUCGAUUCCUACGUACCCGCCAUCUUUCCCAAAUCACAACUCGCCAAACUUACUGUGGCGUCGAAACAACAAACCACCCAACUCGAACAAAACAACCAACUACCGGAAAAGGAAAAGUUUACAUUUACAAUGACCACCAACUCUAUCUAUCGUCCUAGACUAUUGAUUGGUGGAGACAAGGGAAUGUGUCAAAUACAACUCGCCAAUGCAUUGUUGUACAACCUCGAAGAUUUCCCAACCUUUUCAAUCGAUAUCUGUACCCUACUAUCAGAUGCAUCAUCAAAAUCAAUCGAAGAGUCUUGCUGUAGAAUCCUUAGUGAAGCUAAAAAGGUUGCUCCCAGUGUCCUCUAUCUUUGCAACAUUGACAAGUGGUGGGAAAUAACAUCACUUGCCAAUACUCUCUCUAGUUAUCUUCACAAUAUGGAUUCUGAUCAACCAAUCUUUGUCAUUGCUACCAUUGAACAACCAAAGGAUACAAUUCCAACUGAUCUCUUGGAAAUGUUUAGUACAAAGAAAAAGGGUGUAUUUAUAAUUGAUUAUCCAAAAGAUAUUGAAUUAUUACAAUUUUAUAGAAAUAUGUUCAAGGAAAUUAAAAGUUCAUUAUAUCAAAUCUAUCAAAAGAAAAUUGAAAAGAAAAGAGAAUUGGAAAAUUUACCAAUCGUACCAAUGAUGACCGGUGAUCAAAGAGAUGUUAAACGUGAAGAACAUUUAUUAAGACAAAUUAGAAUAUUGUUAAGAGAAACACUUUCAAAGAUUAUUUAUGAUAGAAGAUAUGCAAUUUUCUUUAGAGAUGUUAAUAUUGAAUUAUGUCCAGAAUAUUAUGAAUUAAUUGAAACACCUAUGAGUUUAUAUAGAGUUUCAAGUAAUUUAGAGAAUCAUCAAUAUUCAUGUCUUUCAGCAUUCUUGAAUGACAUUGAUCUUAUUGUAUUCAAUACUAUUGAAUAUUAUAAUCACCAUGAUCCAGAUGGAAUCGAUGCUGCCAAAUCCAUUUCAAGAGCCAAACAAUUACAAGAUGAAGUAUUACAAAUGGUUGAACAAUUUGAUCCAAGUCUUGUUAGUGCUUGUGAAACAAUUGCUAAAAAAUUACCAAAAAGAAAUAUCAACAAUAAUAAUAAUAAUAAUAAUAAUAACGGUAAUAGUAAUGGUAAUAAUGUUAUGGGUUCACCACCAAUCCCUACACCAAAAUAUAAACAUGUAAAUAGUGUACAAUUAUCAUCAAGUUUGGCAAAAUUAAAUGGUAAUGGUCCAGAACCAAGAAUGGCAACUAGAAGUGCAAGACUCCGUGGUGAAACACCUACCCAAAUUACACAGGAAAUGAUGGAUUCAUUUUUAAGAAGACCACGUAAAAAGAGAGUCUCUGUUGACAAGGAUAAAGAAACUACUCAACAACAACAAAGUCAAGAAGAAACUGAUAAAGAAAAAGAUGAAAAUGAACUCGAAAAGGAAAAAGAAAAAGAUGGAGAAGAAAAGAAUCAAAAUGACGAAACUACUUCCACUGCUACUUCUACAACUACUAUUUCUACCACUUCAACUACUUCAACCACUUCUACAACAUCUACUUUAAUGAAUGGAAAUGGUAUUCAUAAGGAUCAUGAUGAUAGUCAAGAUGAAAAGAUGAAAGAAAAUGGAAAAGAUCAUCACGAUGAAGAUGGUGACAAGAAAAUGAGUCAAGACCAAGAAAAUGGUGUUGUAGAGGUUGAAGAUGAAAAUGAAAAGGAGGAAAGAGAGGAAAAGGAAAGAAGAGAGGAAAGAGAAACACAAGAAAGAGAGGAAAAAGAGGCCAAGGAAAAAGAACAACAAGAAGCUGAAACACUUCAAAUCGAAGAAUGGUACAAAAACUCUCAAAUCAAUGUUGGCACUGGUGUAGACUUUGAUGAUGAAGAAACAAAUCUCAUUACAGAUAUGGUUAGACAAUCAAAAUUCAAAUCCAUCGAGGAAUUAUUAAGAAUCCAUUCCGAGUUGUUGGAUUUGGUUCGUGAAUGUAUCGAACAAAGUAUUUCCUCCCCACCAACUAGUCCAUCAGGUUUUAAUGUAAUUCAAACUUUUAAAACAAUUUUGAGUUCCAUUUCAAAAUCUACAAAGAAUUCAACUUAA